AUGUCUGCCGCCCAGCUCGCCGCAUUCCAGGAGCUCAUCCGUUCUUUACGGGACCUCAAGUUCUCUGGCUACACUUGCGGCGCUGGGAUGGUUGUUCUCCUUUACGACUUUAUCUUGACCAUGCCAGAGGAGAUCAAGUAUGUCUGGGCCAGUAAGCAGCGCUUAUCCAUGGUCAGAGCAAUGUAUUUUUGGAACCGUUACUUUAUUCCUCCAUGGAUCAUUGUCGCCAACUUUAAUCUCUCUGGACUGAGGGGUCCUCUGACCAAUCAAUUGUAUGUUUGCAAGGUCUUCGUUCCUUCGCUUGCUAUCGUGCAAGGCGUCUCUAUCGCCAUUGGUAUACAACUGCUUGCCCUGCGCGUCCUAGCGCUGUAUAAGAACAACAAAAUAGUUCGGCUCGGCCUUUAUACCUACUUGGCUGCAUGUCACAUCACGCUGCUCAUAAUCACCGCUUUGACUAUGAAGAACUUUGUUCGCGAGUACUCCUUCCUCAUGUAUCUUCCUAUUACCAAUAGCUGCUACACAAUCCCGGACCCCCUAAUUAGAUAUGUCUACAUACCUCCCAUUGCCGCGGAAUGCGGUAUCAUGAUCCUUCAGGUUGCCAAUCACAUUUAUCGACGGCGACAACGGACAUUUUUACAUACGCCCUUGAUAUCAACUCUAUACAGAGACGGGUAUCUAUGGUUUGGAUGCGUUAUCAGUGUCAGAUUGCUAUGUCUCUUCAUGUACCAAUUCGGGCCCGUCAGUUUAUGGCAAAUCGCGAACCAGGCCGACUUUUCUCUUUCUACCGCGCUGAUUUCCCGAUUCUUCCUCCAACUCCGCGGAGCGAUCGAUAGCGACGAUGAAGAUAUGACACUGGCGCCACGAAUAAGCGCGCGGUCCAACUCCCAACACGUACAAAUACAUUCCACUGUUCGCGUCGAUAAUGGACGGAUAGAUUCGCCGCUCCCACUCCAAGAGCUACGGAGAUUCAAGCCGACUCGAAUAUGA